ACAACACAACACAAAAUAAAAUCACUUUUCUGCUUUAAAAGUUCAUUGUAUGUUGUGUUAUAGCACUGUUACAAUGACUCUUUAGUGCAAUAUAUUGUAAAGAGUGAAAACAUAAAUGUUUAUUAUGAGUGCUUGGAAGUGAUUAGGAGCUAAAACAUUAUGUAGCACCUACUAUCAAGUUCCUGCAAGUGUAUUCAAAAUUAUAGUAUCGAUCUUUUGUCUUCAAUUGCAUCAGUGAAAAUAAAGGGACUUUAAAAUGUCUGUGGUCAAAGGAAAAGCUCUAGUGAAAAUGGAAGUUAUACAAGUUGGUGAAUAUGAAUUCACAAAACAAGAUAUAAUAGGACAUGGUGCUUUCGCCAUGGUGUACAAAGGAAGGAAGAGAAAGAAUCCAUCACAGGCUGUCGCAGUGAAAGUAGUCACGAAGAAGGGGAUACAGAAAGCUUCGGAGAUACUUGUGAAGGAGAUCAAGAUUCUUCGAGAACUAACUGCACUUCAUCACACGAACUUAGUAGCUAUGCACGAUUGUAUGGACAGCCCUGCCUAUGUCUACGUCGUCAUGGAGUACUGUAAUGGCGGUGAUCUGGCAGAUUACUUACAAUUGAACCGUCUACUGAGCGAGGCCACAAUUCGCUCGUUCCUCCGUCAGCUGGCCGAGGCGAUGCGAGCUAUCCACGCGAAGGGCAUCGUGCACAGAGACCUGAAGCCGCAGAACAUCCUCCUGACUCACAAUGUACCGCCGCCUCGCACACCUCACCCGGAGGAGAUCAUCCUCAAAAUUGCGGACUUCGGUUUCGCAAGAGUCCUGGAAGAAGGAAAUAUGGCUGUUACGCUCUGCGGAUCUCCUAUGUAUAUGGCACCGGAAGUAAUUAUGUCUCUCAAGUAUGACGCAAAAGCUGAUCUAUGGAGUUUGGGAACAAUCGUAUACCAGUGUUUGACAGGCAAGGCACCUUUCCAAGCGACGACUCCACAUGAGCUUAAAGCGUUCUAUGAGAACAGCAUAGAUCUUCAACCCAAAAUGCCUGGUGGCACCAGUCCGGAGCUCUGCAACCUGCUGUUUGGUCUACUGCGCCGAAACGCGCGUGAAAGGAUGCCCUUUGAGGUGUUCUUCAACCAUCCGUUCCUUCAACGUCCACGCACCACCUCCAUCACAAGUCUGGACUGCGAUCUGCCCGACAUAUUGGAGGGCGAAAUCGAAUGCCGUCCUCAAACUAACUGUAUUCUUCAAGAGUCUUGGGACAGUCAGGAGGCGAAUAACGCGGUACCGUCGACGUCGCCGCGAGUACAGAUAGCAACACAAGUGCCGCAGCCAACAAACACGGCUCAUGCUACUAAGAAAACACCGCCCACGUCUACUGACACAUCGCCGGAAGGCCCCUGGGCGGGUGCGGAGGACUUCGUAGUGGUGGAGCCAGAGCGCACGGCCGACUGCGGCGAGUCGUCGCGGCCCGCCUCGCUCGAGCUCCGCACGGCGCGCGCGCGGGCUCGCUCGAGGUCGCCGCCCUCGCCCCGCACCCCGCCCCGCACCCCGCGCUCUCCUCGCACGCCCAACGACAACUUCGCGCCGCCAGACUUCAUGACGCCGCUGCGGAAUCCAGCCGUGAACGUGGGUACCAACGUUCCCCGCUCGCAGCCCAUCGACGUCCUUCGCUCCGAUCACAACCGGAACACAACCAACAUCGGCUCACUCUCUCCUCCAACGGUACCGUUCACGAGGGGUACUCCCCCGUCGUCGCGGCGACGUAGUGCUUCCGGGGGUUCCCCGCCGCCAUCACUGUGGCAGGUCUCUCCCUCGAGUGCUUCGCCCCCCAUCCCGCUCGCGCUGCGCGCUAGUGGCGAGAGCUCGGGGUCUCCGAAGCGCGGCGCCAUCCCCGACGCGCUACUGCGAGCGUUACGUCUGGCUUCCCACGAGCCGCCUGUCUACAUCCCCAACCUUCAGGAAGAGACCAUACUGGCUGAGGAACAUAGCAAGGUGUUCUCUCAGCUGAACUUCGCGCUGAUGUUGGCGGAACUGCUGUCGGAUCUCGCCCUCUCGUGCGGCGCGCCCAUAGCCGCACUAAUGGACGUCUCCGACGAGCGGUGCAACGAGAGCGUCCGGCUGGGUCUGCUGGUGCAGGCCAUGCAGACGCUCGCAGCCGGCCUGAAGCUGGCCGCACACAACUACCGCGACAGGACGCUGCAGCCCACGCCGCAAGUCAGGAACGUGGUGUCCCUGAUGAACGGCAAGUACAAGUGGAUCGUGAGCGAGUCCCGGCGCCUGCACGACUCCGGCGUCACGCCCGCGCUCUGCGACAAGAUCCUGUACGAGCACGCCAUUGAACUGUGUCAAAUGGCGGCGAUCGAAGAGUUGUUCGGAGACGUGAAGGAGUGUGAGCGGCGCUACAUGUCGGCGCAGGUGCUGCUCCACUCGCUGGUGCAGAGACAGCCGCUGCAUCCUCACCAUCGCACCACCCUCUCCAAAUACCGGGAUGCAGUACAAAGGCGGCUCAAUUGCCUCAAGGGGCCGCGCCAGAUAAUGGACGUUAAGUUAGAGGCUGGGAUCUCAUAAUGCAAUAAGAUUAUAAUUUAUAGGAAUAAGUACACACUACGAGAUGAGAAGUGAUUUUAUUUUGUUCCAUAUUAUUUGACUCGAAGUGAUAAGUAAAUAUUAAUAAAGAGUGGAAAAAAAAUAUGUAAACACACAAAAUAUUGUAGUAAAGAAGAUUACCAGAGAUUGCAAUAGUAAGUUAUAUAUUUUUUUAUUGACAGUAUGUAGAUUGUUUUCGUAAGUAGAAAGUUGUAGAUUUGUAGAAUAUUUUGUGCAAAUAAAUUAGUAGAGCUUGAAACCAAUCUUAUCGUAUAUAAACAGAUUUCUAUAUUGUACCUACUGUGGAAUAAAUGGUUGUACUUUAUUAUAAUGGUUUGUGACUAGUACAAUUAAUACCACUGGUCCAUUUAAAUCCUGCUACAAAAAGCACAUAAUACCAUUUUGCCAUUACGAUAAAUAUAAAAGUUUAGAAACAUAAAAAUGAUGUAGUGUUUAAAUGUAUCCUUGUGUUGUUGAAAACGUCUCAUAAUAAUUAUAAAAUGUAUUAGUAUUCUAAUAUUAUUAAAGUGUAAUGAUUUUAGUAGGUGUGUGAACAUUAAGAUUAUAUUUCAAUAUGGACACGAUUCUAUAGAUCUCAUUUAUUGUCGACCAAUAACAAUAUGGCAUUUUUAGGUUAAGUUUCGAAUUAAUUACAUUUUCAACAAUAAUGUAUUUUAGACAAAUGUUUUGAGUAUAUAUGAGUAAAUUUGUGUCUUUUCGCAAGUUAUAUUUCAUAUUAUAAUAGCCAAUUAAUAAUUGUUGUGAUUCCUUAUUUUUUUUCCCCCGACAUGAUCAAUGCUUUACAGAUAUAAGAAUAAAUAAAGACUGUUGUAUUAUAAAAUA